AUGCGCCGCCGACAGAGCAUGCAGGUGAUGGAGCUGGAGAAUCGUGUCGAGCAGUUGAUGGCCGAGAACCGAAUGCUCGCCGAAGCACGAUCACAAGCCGAGCAAUCGUCCUCCAGCAAAGCGGCCAGCUCGCUCGCCGAGCGCGACAGCCAAAUCGAUGCCCUCAAACGGUCGCUCGAUUUCUUCCAAAAGGAAGUCAAGCGCCUCACCGAGGUCAACGAGGGCCUCAAUUCGGCCAUCAACUCGUCGGCCAUGCAGCACAGCGAACGCUUCCGGCAGCUCGAGACCGACCACGCACAAGCGACACGCGAUCUCGCCAGCGCUGCCAGCGAACGCAACGAACACCUCGAGACCACCAAGAAGCAGCUCGAUGACAAGGAUGCCGAAAUCGCGGCACUCAAAGCCCAGCUUCAGGCGGCCCAAGACGAGAUCCGUGCCAUGCAGGCCAAGAUUCUGGCGUCCAUGCCUGCCGACGGCGCCGACCUGCUGCGCAUUCAAGACGUCGACUACUUUGACCGCCGCUGCCAGCAGCUGUGCACCCACGUCCAGCAGUGGGUCUUGCGCUUCAGCAAGUUUUCCGAUUUGCGCGCCUGCCGACUGACGGCCGAAAUCAACGACGAAAAGACGGUGGACCGUCUUGACAAUGCCGUGCUCGACGGCUCGGACGUCGACGACUACCUCCGCGACCGCGUCCACCGCCGGGACGUCUUCAUGGCCAUGACCAUGUACAUGGUGUGGGAGUUUGUCUUUACGCGCUACCUGUUUGGCAUGGACCGCGAGCAGCGCCAAAAGAUCAAGUCGCUCGAGAAGACCCUGCUCGACGUCGGUCCCAUUUCCGCCGUCCGCCAGUGGCGUGCCGUCACCCUGACGCUUCUGAUGCGCCAGCCGUCGUUCCGCGAGCAGCGCGACCAGGACACCGAGGCCGUCGUCCAGGCCAUCCUGCAGACCUUGAGCGCGAUCCUGCCCCCGCCCACCAACAAGGAGGAACAGAUCGAAACCCAGCUCCGCCGCGUCAUCCGCGAAGCUGUGGAUCUCUCCAUUGAAAUGCGCUGCCAGCGCGCCGAGUACAUGAUGCUGCCGCCUCUGCAGCCCGAGUACGACGGCAACGGCGAGCUGGUCGAGACCGUCGCCUUUAACCCGGAGUUGAUGACGGAACGCGACGGGCGAGGAGGAGGAGGAGGAGGAGAGGGGGGCGACGAAACGGCCGGUACGCCCGUGCGCAUUGUCCUGUUCCCGCUCGUCGUCAAAAAGGGCGACGACGCGGGCCAGGGCGACGACGAGAUCGUCGUCUGUCCGGCCCAGGUGCUGGUCGCCGCGCCUCUUCCGCGGCGCUCGGCAUCCCGGGCCGGCACGGCCCCGAGCAUCGUUGACCAGCCGCCCAGCAAGCGGCGCAUGAUGACGCCAAGCUCGGACGCCGGCGGCGUCAGCCUGCUGUCCGCUGCCCACCAGCCAUCGCAACCCCACCAGGGAGGCCGCCCGGACAACCGGAGCACGAUCAGCAUGACGGAUGCGGGCUCGAUUGCCGAGGCCCAGUACAUUGAGGGUGGGAUUUAG